AUGCCCAUGUUGAUUGAUGUCGCCGAAUUGGCUGGUCUAGUCGUUGAAGGCGCGCUCUACGGGGUGUUCUUAUGCCUAUUUCUCGUCUGCACGUUCGACCUUUUGAAAAGGCGUGCGCGCGGUAAAGCUACUCUACAUUGGCCUAUGACCGUGACUGGGGUGCUGCUCAUAGUCCUUGCUACGGCUCGCUUCUCCGUCGACGCCGCAAAUGUCUUCGUUGCCUUCAUCGGUCACGACCCGCGCGAAGCCCGAAUCGCGUUCCUUGCUGAUCCUGCUCAGCCGCUCUUCACUGCCAAACACAGCAUUCUCAUUUGUGUGCUCCUCGUUGGAGACUCCUUCGUGAACUACCGCUGCUGGAUCGUCUGGGGAAAGAGGCUUUACGUCGUUUUGUUCCCUAUCGCCCUAUCCUUCACGAGUGCCGCUGCAGGAUCGUACACAAUGUGGGCUUACAGUCACUUGCCCAAUCAGACCGUUUUCUCCGAGGCCAAAUGGUUGAAGGUAUUCUUCUCCCUGAGUUUAGUGGCUAAUGCCGUAGCCACUUCUUUGUUGGCAUACAGGAUCUGGGCGGUGAAUCGCGAGACGCAACAGGCGCUGUCCAGCCUGGUGCGCGGGAGCUCGUCCCGUUCGUCCCGGCUGACGCCUAUCAUCCGUAUAAUCCUCGAGAGUGGCAUCUUUAACGCGAUGUAUCUAUUCGUCUAUGUGAUGACGCUAGAGUUUGGCUCACAGGGUCUAGAAAUCAUGUCCGAGAUGUCCGUGCAGUUGACCGGUAUCAUCUUCUCGACCAUCAUCUUCCGCAUCAGCCGUCAAAGCCGAGACGACUCGUACUACGCUGCGCAACCUGCUUCGCUCCAAUGGCGAGGGACGAGAGACUCUAGACCUGCAGAAGGCUUCGGGCCUGCAAAUAGUACUGCGCCAACAAGGGCUCGCUUCAAGUCUCGCGAUAGGCUGUCGUCGACAUCCAAGGAAACUCAAGUACCGAUUGAGCAGUAUGGCGCUGGCUCCUACGCGACUUACGAUGACACAAGUUGA